AUGCCCGAGUUCGGCAUUGUAGUCAUCGUAAACCCGCGUAGAUUAUUCACACCAAUGAGUAAACAUUGCUCCCACUCGUCACAUCGCGCCCCCGCGGCGAACACCGCGCGGGCGGCGUUCGCGCUCCGCCCGCACCGCAACGGCUGCACGGUGAAGCGCCGGCGAACACGCGGUCAAUCAAUUCGAUGGAUUGCGACUCCCAUUGAUGUGCGCUUCCUAUUCUUCUUGUUGAUUCUUCUUCCGCUUUUACUACAUUGA